CGGUUACUUUAAAGAUCAAAAUAAUGAAAUUCUCUACAUUUCGUUGAUAAGACUGUUUUGAUAAUUAUUAUUCUGAGAUUUGUUAUCUGGUACAGUAAGCCAGUAGUCGCGUUUUGUAGUGUUAAUUUAUUUUAUUAUAAUUUGUCGCACAAUGUUGUUUUUCAAUGGCAAUAGGAUGAUUGGCAUCAAAAUGCGUUCAUUGAACAAGAUUUUAGCCAUGGCGAGUUAUUCCACGAAAUUAGCAUUAAACGAGGUUGUGAUCGCGUCAGCCGUUAGGACUCCAAUGGGAUCUUUUAGAGGGAGUCUUGCUAGUCUUUCCGCCUCCGAAUUGGGGGCAGUUGCAGUUAAAGCAGCGGUUGAAAGAGCCGGUAUUCCCAAAGAAGAAAUUAAAGAGGUCUAUAUAGGCAAUGUUUGUUCUGCAUCUUUGGGCCAAGCUCCAGCAAGACAAGCAGUCAUAUUUGCUGGACUACCUAAGAGUACAAUCUGUACUACAGUUAAUAAAGUGUGUGCUUCUGGAAUGAAAUCUGUGAUGCUAGCUGCGCAAGGUCUACAAACUGGUGCCCAAGAUGUAAUUUUAGCAGGUGGGAUGGAAUCAAUGUCAAAUGUUCCUUUCUAUUUAAAAAGAGGUGAAACUACAUAUGGGGGUAUGCAACUAGUAGAUGGUAUAGUAUUUGAUGGACUUACUGAUGUGUACAACAAAUUCCAUAUGGGUAACUGUGCAGAAAAUACUGCAAAGAAAUUGGAAAUCACAAAAGAACAACAGGAUGAAUAUGCUAUUAAUAGUUACAAAAGGAGUGCAGCGGCUUAUGAAAGUAAAGCCUUUGCUGAUGAAUUAGUUCCCGUUUCUGUUCCUCAGAAAAGAGGUGCUCCACCAGUCAUAUUCUCUGAAGAUGAAGAAUACAAGAGAGUGAACUUUGACAAAUUUACUAAGCUUGCUACAGUAUUCCAAAAAGAGAAUGGUACAGUAACAGCUGGGAAUGCUUCUACUUUGAAUGACGGCGCAGCUGCAUUAGUAUUAAUGACUGCGGAUGCAGCCAAAAGGCUGAAUGUAAAACCAAUUGCAAAAGUUGUUGGUUUUGCUGAUGGUGAAUGUGAUCCAAUUGAUUUCCCUAUUGCUCCAGCUAUUGCUAUCCCUAAACUAUUAGAAAAAACAGGUGUAAAUAAAGAUGAUGUUGCCCUUUGGGAAAUAAACGAGGCAUUUAGUACUGUUGCUGUUGCUAACCAAAAGCUAUUGGGAUUGGAUCCGUCUAAGAUGAAUGUCCAUGGUGGCGCAGUUAGUUUAGGACACCCAAUUGGAAUGUCUGGUGCUAGAAUUGUUGUGCAUUUAUGUCAUGCCCUCAAGAAAGGAGAAAAGGGUGUAGCAUCUAUUUGUAAUGGUGGUGGUGGUGCAUCAUCUAUCAUGAUUGAGAAAUUGUAAGUGAAUAAAACAAGUUGCUAAUAUAUUGGUUUUGGAAUUGUAUAUAUUUUUGUAUGAGUUUAUGUGCAAGUUUGCUAAGCACUUAGGUUUUUUAUUUAUCGAGAAAGGUUUAAAAUUUGAGAAUAUAUAAACACAAAUUUAUUUAUAACCAAACAAUUUAUAUUUUUUUCCUAUUGUCAAGUGGUUGUGUGUAACUGAGUUUUUGUAUUAAUUAAUAUAUCUUAAUGACCCUCUAAGUGCCUUUGUAAUUUGCUAAUUAGUUAUUGCAGAAAUUAAUGUAAAUUACUCUAAUCAGGGUAGCCUAAGUAUUAACUUAAUAACAUUGUUAAGCAUGCUGUUCUUUUAAUUUUAUAUGAAUGUUAUGUAUCUAAGUUUAUAAUUAAAUCACCGAAUUUA